UGAUUCUAAACCGAUCACACAAUCUUUUAAGUCCUACAAAAACUCCGUGUUCAAAUUAAAAAAAUAAAAAAAUCCCUACCAAUAACCCCCCAUUAAAAUUAGGGUUGCAGCAUCUCCGAUACUGCGGUGCAAUGUCGGGGGAGAAGGGCUUCGAGAACCUGGAGCCCAUUUUCGGAGAGGCCGAGCCCGAAUCCGAUGCCGAAGCCAAAUCCAAAUCCGAAGUACUCAGCCGGCCUGUUCUCUUCUACGUUCACGCCCUCGACUCCAUUCACCUCGAGAUCGUCGUCUCGGACUUCCUUUCUCACACCUUCAACCAAAUGUUCACCGUCUUUGACCUCGACCAAAUGAGAUAUGACAUUGGAUUUGGUGGAUCAUGGUCUGAAUUUCUUGAUUAUCUCAUAGCAUCAUUGUCAUUGGGGAAUGUGAAACUGACCUCGAAUCCUCCACAGGUUUUGCCUAUUCACUCUGAUGGCAUCCAUGCAAAGCUAAUAGCUCAGAAGUCUAAGGGACUACCUCGCAUUGCUCUUCCUCUCAGCAAAGUCAUGAGCUUCUCGGGUAAUGAAGCCAUGGCAGAUUUCUCUCUGGCGCUUUUCAGAGCAUUAAAGGACAAACAGAAGAAGUCCAUAAAAGAACAUGAGUGCUUCUUACAAAUGAAAGGACUUCUGUCUUCUGAAAAGGAAAGGAAUGAAAGUUUACAGAAGCAGCUUGAUAAUCUUUCAUUUGUGAAAAAGCGGAAGGCACACAAGUCAAAGGCAUCAGACAAGUCAUCAUUUGUUCCAGACAGUGCAACCAACAACAAUACAGUAACAGUUUCAGAGACACAACUACCUUCAAGUGUUUCUGAGACCCAACCAUCCAUAGCUAACCCUGCUGAUGGGGAGAAACCUUCUAAUGAUACUCAACCCGCAAAAGCUAGUCAGAAGGUGGCCCCAACAUCUAGAAGGGCGAGAACAAGAGGUGUUUCCUUGAAAGAUGUUGAAGAUGAUGAUGACUGAUACACAACAAAUUUGAUGGUAGCUAAUACAUAACAGCUAUAAGAACCCUGUUUGUCAUUAUUAUCAGAGUUUAAGCUGAAGAAAGUCUAUUGCCUCUUUGUAAAUUUCUCUCCUUGGAAUCUAUUCAGUUAUACAAGAGUCGUUAGUGACUUCAAUUAGAAGGGAGAAAUGCAAAAUGAGAAGAAUCAGAUUGGAGAUAACAUGGAUAGCUUUAGAAUUAGACACUGUAGGUUGUUGGAGAUUGUAUGCUGUAUAUAAAGUCAAUGCACUUGUAUAAACAUGACUUGUAAUUGUGAUAUUUUUUUUCUUACAACAUUGUGAAAAAUGCAAAUUCGAAAUGUUUUUGUUUCAGUUGA